CGUAUUCCAAGCCAUCGUAUGCAUUCAACCAGCUUUCAACUUUCUUUUAAACAGCCGCUACAAUAUAUUAUACAUCAACGAACAUUUUAACGGUAUCUUCUACGCCUGUUAUCAAAAUGAAGUUCUUUUUUAUGACUUUCACCAUCCUUACCACCAAUCUCGUGGCCGCUGGUACGAACCCUACAUGCGAGCAAAUGAUGCAAGAAUGCACUGAAUCGUGCGGAAGUAGGGGGACAAAAGAAAACAAUUGUUCGUAUGGUUCGGAUCAACAACCAUUAAUAAAUUGCGCUUGUGUCUACAUUCACCCUGCCAAUGAGACACGGACCGAGGAAUAGAAAAACAGUUGAACAUUUGUACGGAGUAGCACAACAAAAAUUUAUUAGCGUUAAAUGGCUGGUCUUCCAACCUUAAAAUAAA